GUUUCUGACAAUACUAAAAAUUAUUUGACAUAAAAAAAAUCAAAAAGCGUACAACGUACAAAAAUAUCAACAAUUAAAAGUUUAAAGAUAAAUUUCAAGUUUUGCGAUGUGUGUUGUGUUCUAAACAUGCUCGGCCUGGAAGGGGAGCUACUGGAAACCAGCCAGCGGCGCAAGCAUGGCGGUCCAGUCUGUAAGCUAUUGUACACUCUACGAUCUGGCCACACGCCGCGGGAACACGAUAGUGACGUGGCUGAGUUGCAACGGCGAGGGCUGGGGGAUGGGCCCCACGGCGGUGUUCGCCAGCGCCGCGGCCCUCUUCCUGUACAGCGAGCUUCAGGCGACCAUCAACUCUGGCGGCGCUCCGGCGCACCCUACAUUGCUAGAGAAUAUGCUCAUAUCGACGAUGGUACUGGGAAUGCUGGCGCUUAUGGUCCACCUGUGGGUGUGUUUCACGCGGUUUUUCCUGUGCUAUUUGGACACUUUAAUUAGAGACAGUCCAGGCGUCCUGUUAGAGAUGACAACGGUGGGCCUACUGGGAGGGGAGAGCGAGCUCGUGCCGUUGGGUCCGCUAACGCGCUUCCUGCGCCAACAGCAGGGACAAAUACACAUCACCGCAUGCUGGUUCCUUGCCCUCUGCUAUGCAGACUUCAUCAGGAAGCACUACUGUGAAAGAUUCACCGUGCCCUACAUAGAGCAGUGGAAAAACGAACUGCAUGUCUUCACUGCCCGAGGAGUGGACAGGACCAUUAUGAACCUCCAGACAUUCGUAGCCAAAGUGCAGCAGCGCCUCGGCAGGCACGAGUCUGAACCGCCGCCAAAUAGCUACGCACAAACUGACAGUACGCUGUACACGAGGAGAGCGUCGUCGGUGGACCUGCGGGCAUACGCGGCGCAGCUGGCGCACCCCUGCCCAGUUGGCGGCCAGCGCACCAGCGACUCCGCCCUCUAUGUCAAGAAGCACGACGGACCUCUUCCGCCUCUCCCCUUCCCGAUACAAACUAGUGACACCACUGGCGAAGCGAUCGAGAAGCUUAAACAUUUUAUAAAUGCCACCAGGUGUUAUUGUAACACCGACAAGCCAUGUGAAUACCCUCGUGUUGAAGAAGCUACGUCAACAAAUGUUUUAUGGCGUUGAAAAUGUUGUACAAGAAAAAAAUGAAAAUAAACUAAUUAAUAU